UCAAUUGUAUUUUUAUAUCAAUUAUUUGCAAUGUUCAAAUUUAUGGUUAUAAUGAAAUACCAGGAACUCAAAAUGAUGUCUACACUGAAGAAGAAGUAUCUGUUAUUGAAUAUCGGACACCUCAAAUGAAUGUUAGUGAUAAAAUUGAUAAAAAACUCGCUGAGGUUAGAGAAUUAAUUACAAGCAAUGGUUUUGAUCCACUAACUUUACCAGAUAUUGAAAAAGAAUUCGAAGCGAGACCAGUGCUUUUUAAGCACAAUGGUAAGAUAAAAUUAACAAAAGGUUGGAUGAAGCAACUGGCUAACAUUAAACGAUCUGGCGAUGCUAUUUUAAUACCUCGCUUAGGUACUAAACAAUUAAUAAAAUGCACAAUAGAAUUAGUACAAGUUGAUUUUAACUAUAAAUAUAAAUUAAAAAUGGGCUUGCUUUAUAAACGGUCGGGUAAAAUUAAAGGAAAUAUGAAACAUUUUAAAGUGUAUUUUGAAUUUUAUUACGAUAUUGUUCGAAAAUAUGUUCAAAUUAAAAAAAUUAACAUCAUCGAUGAUGGUGAAAUUACAGUAAAAUUAACAGGUCAUAUAAUAACCGAUGGUCUUUUUAAUAAAAAAGUAAGAGAAAUUGCCGAACAGCUGCACCAACAAAUAGUUGAUGUUAUACAACAGAAGAUAAAUGAUUCAAUAGAUUUAAUUAAUGAAAAAUUAAAGCCAAAACGAGGUCAAUUAAGUCAACAGGAAAUCGAUUUUCAACGUGAAAUUGAAAAAGCAUAUUUCAGCAGCUUUAAUACGUUAUACAAUUCAACUGAUGAUGCAGUUAAUAAUCAAUUCAAUUCAAGUAUUGAGAUGCCACUUGAGGCUAACAGCGAAUAUUGAG